AUGUCGUCCAUAGCACACCCCAAAACAUGGCCGAUCCCACUGGCUCAGCACAUCCCCACACUCAUCUUCAUCUCGGUUACCGUGCUAACGUCGACUCUCACUUCGCGCACCCAACCGACGCCGUACAUCGAUGAGAUCUUUCACAUUCCUCAAGCACAGCGCUACUGCUCGGCGCUCUCUGGCUCUUCGCUGACGACAGUGGCCGAGGUGUGGCAGAAGCUGCGGGGGGUGGACUACGAUGCCAAGCUGACCACGCCUCCUGGACUGUAUGCGAUCUCGGUGGGGCUGGCACAGCUGAUGCCGGGGUGGGGGUGUGGGGAUGUUGCUUGGCUGAGGAAUACCAACCUGGUGCUGCUACUGACACUGCCUGUGUUGGUUGCGAGAAUCGUUCGACAGGAUGAGGAGGCAAUGCUAGAGACAAGCAGAAGCACGAUCCAGCAGCCACCGAAACCGGCAAGGGCGAAAAAAGCCAUUUCUAGGUACGCCAUUCAACAACUUCAGGCACAAGCAAAGCUCGAACAACCUCCCACUCCCACCACCUCUCAAGAUGACCUGACGAACGUUGACCCUCCCACCGUCACCCUCACCAACGGUGCACCGCCUGCACCACCCCAGGCAGCACUCUCUCGGGCACCGAAACGCAAAGAAGCCACACCGUACACCAUGGCGGUAGCUUGCACCAUCUGCUUCCUUCCACCACUCUGGUUCUUUGGAUUUCUGUACUACACCGACCUAGCCUCCAUCUGGCUUGUACUAGCCACUUGGACGCUGUACAACGAUCUCAACCAACGAUCUUCGCUGCGGACGGGGACCAUGAUUGCAGUGGUGUCGAUGUGGGCGGUGCUGGUGCGACAGACGAAUAUUGUCUGGGUUGUCUUUUGCGCUGGGCAAGCCAUACUGGCUCGCGUAGCAAGGCUGUCCGCGCCAGAGAGUAGAGGAUUGAUCCUCGAGAUACGAGGUACGCUUGUGGCGGCGGUGGGUCGGCAGAGGAUGGACUUCUGGCGAAUAGUGGCGGUGAAUGUACUGCCCAUGGUGCCGAUGCUGGUUGGAUGUGCCUGGUUUAUUCACUGGAAUGGCAGCAUUGUGUUGGGCGACAAGACAAAUCAUCAGGCUGGCGUGCAUCUGGCGCAGAUGGGGUACUUUUUGGCCUUUGCUUCUGGAUUCGGCAUCUUUCCCUUGCUGUCCGCCUUGCAAGCCUCACCAACCACACGAGCCAGCUCUUCCAGCCACUCGAGCAUUACAGCAGCGAUCCGCGCGCCUAUCAACACGGUCGCACAAGCAGCAUUCGGUUCCACAUCCGGUAUCGCCACCCUCGCCGCCACGCUAGCAGCAUUCUAUAUCGCCGUCGAUCGAUACACGCUCGAACACCCGUUCCUGCUCGCAGACAACCGGCAUUACACGUUCUACGUCUGGCGCAUCUUUCACCGUCCGUACUCUGUGCUCGGCGUCGCCAUUGAGCCGAAGUACGUUGCAGUGCCGCUGUACGCCAUCGCGCUGACCGCGUGGAACUGUGCCCUCGCCCGCAACCGCAACCGCGGGGUGCUGGUGCGGGUGCUCUUCUGGACAGCGGCAGCAGCGACGCUGGUCCCGACCCCGCUGGUCGAGCCGCGGUACUAUUUGCUGCCGUAUGUGGUGUUGCGCGUCAUGUGUCUGUCUGUAGAGGGGGGAAGCAAGUGGACAUGGUUGGCGCUAGAGGUGGCAGUGUAUGGUGUGGUGAAUGCGGUGACGGUGGGGCUGUUUGUGGGGAGACCGUUCGAGUGGGCCGCGGGGGCGGUGGAUGCGGCCAGGGGUGAGGGUACGACUAUGCGGUUCAUUUGGUAG